UCCCGUCGACUUCUAGAAUCCGAAUUCCUGUCUCAGAGCAGAGCAGAGCAGGGCAGGGCAGAAGUAACCCUAGAGCUCUUCUGCUCCAAUUUCUCCGCCUUCUCAUCGUUAGGUAUACCCUACUUUGGUCAAAUCCUUUCUGGAGGAGAUGAGGUGGGAGGUGGUGCGUGCGGACGCGAGAGGGGGAGAGGCUUCCGACCGGAGGAGUGCGGAGGCGAACGCGGGCGCGAUUUGUGGUCCUGGCGUCCGGUGGGGCCACAGCUGCAACGCCGUCCAGGGAGGGCGGUUCUUGUAUGUCUUCGGCGGAUACGGCCGCGACCGCUGCCAGACCAACGAUGUCCACGUGUUCGACACCGUUAAACAAUCAUGGAGUAAACCCACAUUGAAAGGUAUUCCACCCUCACCAAGGGACAGCCACAGUUGUACUACUGUGGGUGAUAAGCUGUUUGUCUUCGGGGGAACUGAUGGAAAGAACCCGCUCAAGGAUACACAUAUUUUGGAUACAUCAUCAAACACUUGGAUUUUGCCAAAUUUAUAUGGUGAGGGACCAGAGGCACGGGAAGGGCAUAGUGCUGUAUUUGUUGGCAAAAGGCUUUUCAUCUUUGGUGGGUGUGGCAAAUCUGAGACUAACGAAGAGAAGUAUUAUAAUGAUACUUACAUAUUGGAUAUAGAGAAACUAAGUUGGGAACAAGCUGUAACUUCUGGCUCUCCGCCUUCUGCCCGUGAUUGUCAUAGUUGCUCAUCAUGGAAGAACCAAAUCAUAGUCCUUGGUGGCGAAGACUCUUCUGGUUGCUAUUUGUCUGAUGUUCACAUAUUAAUUGUAGACACACUUGUUUGGCAGCCAAUGAAGACUUCUGGAAAGAUCUUUCCACCACGCGCUGGGCAUACAACUGUGCCACUUGGGAAUGAUUUAUUUGUUUUUGGUGGUUUCAGUGAUGCUAAAAACCUUUAUGAUGACCUUUAUGUCCUAAACCUGGAGAAACAGACUUGGAGCAAAGUUGUACCAGAUAACCAAGGUCCCUGUGGCCGAUUUUCUGUUGCUGGAGAAUGCCUAGAUUAUAGUAAAGGCAUUAUUGCCUUCCUAGGUGGAUGUAAUGAAUUUCUGGACGCACUUGAUGAUAUGUAUUACUUGCAUACAGUGAAUGGGUUAUAUGAUCAAAGACUGAAGAGGCCUUCCAUAAGGAGAGAGUUGAGGAAAAGGUGUCAGCAAGAAGGUCUUCUCAGUCCACGAAUACGAAAAGAUGAUAAAUUACUGAAGCACCAUGUAGAAUAUGAUUUGUUGAACCAUCCACAAAAAACCAAUUUGGCUGGCAAAAAAGUAUCUGAUCAGAUGUCAGCUGGAGAGGUCAAAUUUGAAGCUAGAGUUAUAAAUGUAAACAGAUUCGGAUAUGCAAUUGAAACAACCAUUGAUGGAAAAUUGCUCCACGGCAUGCUGUUCUCCAGCACAUCAAAUAUUAGCAUAGAUAAUCAUACUCAUUACAAGAAAAGAAUGGUUGAUGACAACGUGAGCAAUCAGGCAAACUUGAACCAACCUACUGGUGCGACCAAUAUAUCUGCUGAGAGAGAGAGAAUAUCAGAUCCGGAGCAACCUGAUAAUCCUCAUGUUGAAGGGCCAAAACUUUGCAGCCCAUCUGUUGAAAUUUUUGGUUCAAAUUUGACCAAUAUAACUCCUUGUGGCAAGGCCCCCGGUAAUGUAGAUCAGGAUUCCAGAGCACCUGGAGACAAGAAUAAUGAGGUCUCAGAUAGCCAAAAGAUUCCGGUUGAUCUAUCUGAGAAUAGGUCUCUGCCAGCCGAAGCAGAUGCGACAUUACUGAAUGACGGAAGCAAACAAGGGAGUUGAAGUUGCAAGUAUAUCGGCUACCAAUGUAGACAUAGGAUCUGAAUGCAGAGUCUUUAACAACUUCGCUAGGUGUGUAAAAUGUGCAGCAUUCUUGCAAGAAAAUCUUCAGGCUUCUGAUGAAAAGCAUCACAUACAUGAUCGCUCUUGAUUCUCAAGUCCAAAUUUGAAGGGAUGUCUUUAUCAGCAUUGCUGCAACAGAAUGGUCGAUCUUAGAGUCAUCCUUAAUCUCAUCACUUGUAGUCGAGGGACUUUUUCUUUCUUCAUUGCAAGCUCUAUCUGGCAUUUGAACGAGUAUUGCCUCAAGAUGUCUUAUCGCAUGCACAUGGUAAGGAUGCUCGGCAACGAAGCAUGUAACACACAUUCUUGUUUGUAUGAUAGGUGAGGCGACUCCUUGUACUGUCGAACAUCCAAGGUUUGUAGCAAUUGAUCUGGUCCUCUUGUUCAGGUUCUGAAAUAAUGAACUUAACUGUAGCUAGUUGUCUCAUUGUAUUCAUCGUAUUCAUUCUAAUUUUGCCGUGUGACUUUGUGGUCACGGUAACCUGUGGAAACUCUCUUGUAAGUGUAAUAAUACAUCCAAUGCAAUGGCGUAGCUAGGAUCUGCAACUGCCCUGGGCUAUUAUUGUUCUA